CAAAUAAAAACUUGAACCAAGUAUGAUGACCAAAAUCCAGCAAUUAAUUAGAUUCCCCUAAGCUAUAGUAGUUAGGGGUUUAAUUACUUUCAUCACUGUAUAUUAAUUCAUUUUUCUAUUUAUUUGUCAUUCUCCCCCACCACCUCAUCAAUUAUUUCUUUUAAAUCAAUUGCACAAUCAAAGGUCACCAUACAUUAAAAAAUGCAACCAUAUAACUCACAUCAUUAAACAAAAAGAAUUAAGGGACAGAAAAUCAAGCAAAUCAAAGAGAAGGUAAAGAAGACAUGGGAGAGCAAGGUGAGCAGCUUCAAAGAUCAGUAACAUCAUUUAGAAGACAAGGCUCUUCAGGAUCUGUAUGGGAUGACAAGUUUCUUGCCGGUCUUUGGGAUCAGAGUCAGAAUCAGAAGCAACAAGAUGAGCAGUCUCAGCCUCAGUCUCGGCCUCAAAGCGAAUCAAGUGGCAUCACGUUGGAGCGUAGUAGAUCAGGAGGAGGGGCAAGACAGCAUCAACGUCGGACGGUCGCCGUGGCGCCGCCAUCCAAUGACCCUCCCUCCCCUAAGGUACCAACCUGUGGCCUUUGUGGAUUCUUUGCUAAAUCCAAUAAUAAUCCUAAGGUCAAGAAACGCAGGUGAUAUAUCUUUUUUCUUUCUUUCUUAGUUAUGUAGUUGGUUCUUAAUCUUAGCUUCAACAUGUAAAUUAGUGGUUCUUGUAUCUUGGGUAAUUAUCCUUGAAUUAUUAUUAUUGCACAUCGACUUUGUUGUUUCUAAUUUUAUUUUGUGUUGGGAUUUGGAUUAGUUGGUAUUUGUAAAGUCCUAGGAUAUAUGGAAUUAUGUGCUUGGGUGUGUAAUAAGUAAUAACUUAGUUUUACUAUAUGAAUUGAAUUGAAUACGGUCCUCAUAAGUUCCAAGAAGAAUGUAACAUAAUCCCAAUUCCCAGCAAACUCAAGAAUAAUGGUAUCAGUAAUUAAA